AGAAGGCCCAUGAUAACAAUUGCACCGCCCGAUGUCGAAAAUGGAUACAGUGAGGAGAAGGGAAAGCUCCCAACGGCUAGGGUUACUAUAAUUGUGGAUGCUACUGGCGAAGAAACGAGAGGUUGAAGAGAAUGGCGGGUUCGGUGUUUUCGGUGACUGAAAGGGUUUUGAGUACUUGGUCUUCACUUGUACAAUACGGAUAUCAACACUUGCUCUGCAACCGUGCAUGGUCUUCUGAUUUCCUGCUCAAGAUAUUGAGUUAACCAUCAAACUACCAGCUCAAAAUCAUACACGACUCACCGGAUUCAAUGGAAUCGGCAAAGGAUUGUUUGGCAAAGCUGAACUGUGGAAUGGAGGACUUCGAAGAAUUGAGGUCACAGCAGUGCAUGGAGUCUAUGUUUACUGAAUUUCAAUCUGCUGUUGGCAAAUUCUUAGGGAUACUUGACUCUGUAAGUUUAGUGAUUAGAAUUAUUAGUUACUUGCUUUGAGUGUGCUGACUAAACAGGUCGGAUGUUGGAUUUUUAAUUUGUCACUUCGAAGAAUUGAGGUCACAGCAGUGCAUGGAGUCUAUGUUUACUGAAUUUCAAUCUGCUGUUGGCAAAUUCUUAGGGAUACUUGACUCUAUUCUGAAGCAUGUCAAAGAGCAAAUCUAUCAUUAAUUUGGAACAUCUGGAGUUUAGAAUAGUUGUAUCCUGCCCGGAUUUCCUGAUGCCGCUGAAGGUGAAGUUAUCAGAGAGAGUACUGGACGUGAAGAAGAGACUUGGGGCUUUAUUGGGGAUUUCUGAUACUAAGGAUAUCACUCUCCGGCACCAUACUCGAUUCAUGGAGGACAAUCAGUCUGUGCGGGAGUGUGGUCUUUUUAAGGGUACAAAAAUAGUGAUGACCAGGACUGUCAACCCAGCGGAAUGUUUGGAUCUUAAUAUAACUGUAUCCUGCCCGGCUUUCAGGAUGCCGUUGAAGGUGAACCAAUCGGAGAGAGUACUGGACUUGAAGAAGAGAAUUGGGGAUAUAUGGGGGAUUACAAAUACUAAUCAUAUCACUCUCCGGCACCUUACUCUAGUGAUGGAGGACUAUCAAUCUUUGCAGGAAUGUUAUAUUUAUGAGGGUACCGAAAUAGUGAUGACCAGGACUGGCUACAAAGACUGAGUCUAGUGUGGGUCAAUCAUCAUUAGUCUUGUUUUGUUCGACAACUUGGAUUUAGGUUCCCAGUUUACAUUGGGCUUUUUGUUCAACAGUGCUAAUAAAUAUUGAUGAUGUUAAUUCCAACAAUUAUCAA